AUGCAUGGAACAGCACUCCGCCUUUCACAGGUGUGCCUCAUCAUCCCCAUUCCCCUCAUCAUCCCCAUUCCCCUCAUCAUCCUCAUUCCCAUCAUCAUCCCCAUUCCCCUCACCACCCUCAUUCCCCUCAUCAUCCUCAUUCCCCUCAUCAUCCUCAUUCCCCUCAUCAUCCUCAUUCCCCCCAUCAUCCCCAUUCCCCUCAUCAUCCUCAUUCCCCUCAUCAUCCUCAUUCCCAUCAUCAUCCCCAUUCCCCUCAUCAUCCCCAUUCCCCUCAUCAUCCUCAUUCCCCUCAUCAUCCUCAUUCCCCUCAUCAUCCUCAUUCCCCUCAUCAUCCUCAUUCCCCUCAUCACCCUCAUUCCCCUCAUCAUCCUCAUUCCCCUCAUCAUCCCCAUUCCCCUCAUCAUCCUCAUUCCCCUCAUCAUCCUCAUUCCCCUCAUCAUCCCCAUUCCCCUCAUCACCCUCAUUCCCCUCAUCACCCUCAUUCCCCUCAUCAUCCUCAUUCCCCUCAUCAUCCUCAUUCCCCUCAUCAUCCUCAUUCCCCUCAUCAUCCCCAUUCCCCUCAUCACCCUCAUUCCCCUCAUCAUCCUCAUUCCCCUCAUCACCCUCAUUCCCCUCAUCAUCCUCAUUCCCCUCAUCAUCCUCAUUCCCCUCAUCACCCUCAUUCCCCUCAUCAUCCCCAUUUCCCUCAUCAUCCCCAUUCCCCUCAUCAUCCUCAUUCCCCUCAUCAUCUUCAUUCCCCUCAUCACCCUCCUUCCCCUCAUCAUCCUCAUUCCCCUCAUCAUCCCCAUUCCCCUCAUCAUCCCCAUUCCCCUCAUCAUCCUCGUUCCCCUCAUCAUCCCCAUUCCCCUCAUCAUCCCCAUUCCCCUCAUCAUCCUCAUUCCCCUCAUCAUCCUCCUUCCCCUCAUCAUCCUCAUUCCCCUCAUCAUCCCCAUUCCCCUCAUCAUCCCCAUUCCCCUCAUCACCCUCAUUCCCCUCAUCAUCUUCAUUCCCCUCAUCAUUCCCAUUCCCCUCAUCAUCCUCAUUCCCCUCAUCAUCCCCAUUCCCCUCAUCAUCCCCAUUCCCCUCAUCAUCCUCAUUCCCCUCAUCAUCCUCAUUCCCCUCAUCAUCCUCAUUCCCCGAAUCAUUCCCAUUCCCCUCAUCAUCCUCAUUCCCCUCAUCAUCCCCAUUCCCCUCAUCAUCCUCAUUCCCCUCAUCAUCCUCAUUCUCCUCAUCAUCCUCAUUCCCCUCAUCAUCCUCAUUCCCCUCAUCAUCCCCAUUCCCCUCAUCACCCUCAUUCCCCUCAUCAUCCCCAUUCCCCUCAUCAUCCUCAUUCCCCUCAUCAUCCCCAUUCCCCUCAUCAUCCUCAUUCCCCUCAUUAUCCUCAUUCCCCUCAUCAUCCUCAUUCCCCUCAUCAUCCCCGUUCCCCUCAUCACCCUCAUUCCCCUCAUCAUCCUCAUUCCCCUCAUCAUUCCCAUUCCCCUCAUCAUCCUCAUUCGCCUCAUCAUCCCCAUUCCCCUCAUCAUCCUCAUUCCCCUCAUCAUCCCCAUUCCCCUCAUCAUCCCCAUUCCCCUCAUCAUCCCCAUUCCCCUCAUCAUCCUCAUUCCCCUCAUCAUCCUCAUUCCCCUCAUCAUCCUCAUUCCCCUCAUCAUCCUCGUUCCUUUCAUCAUCCCCAUUCCCCUCAUCAUCCCCAUUCCCCCCAUCAUCCUCAUUCCCCCCAUCAUCCCCAUUCCCCUCAUCAUCCUCAUUCCCCUCAUCAUCCUCAUUCUCACCAUCAUCCCCAUGCCCCUCAUCAUCCUCAUUCCCCUCAUCAUCCCCAUUCCCCUCAUCACCCUCAUUCCCCUCAUCAUCCUCAUUCCCCUCAUCUUCCUCAUUCCCCUCGUCACCCUCAUUCCCCUCAUCAUCCUCAUUCCCCUCAUCAUCCUCAACCCCCCCAUCAUCCUCAUUCCCCUCAUCACCCUCAUUCCCCUCAUCAUCCUCAUUCCCCUAAUCAUCCUCCUUCCCCUCAUCAUCCUCAUUCCCCCCAUCAUCUUCAUUCCCCUCAUCAUCCUCAUUCCCCUCAUAAUCCUUAUUCCCCUCAUCAUCCCCAUUCCCCUCAUCAUCCUCAUUCCCCCCAUCAUCCUCAUUCCCCCCAUCAUCCUCAUUACCCCCAUCAUCCUCAUUCCCCUCAUCAUCCUCAUUCCCCUCAUCACCCUCAUUCCCCUAAUCAUCCUCAUUCCCCUCAUCAUCCUCUUUCCUCCCAUCAUUUUCAUUCCCCUCAUCAUCCUCAUUCCCCUCAUCAUCCCCAUUCCCCUCAUCAUCCUCAUUCCCCUCAUCAUCCUCAUUCCCCUCAUCAUCCUCAUUCCCCUCAUCAUCCCCAUUCCCCUCAUCACCCUCAUUCCCCUCAUCAUCCUCAUUCCCCUCAUCAUCCUCAUUCUAACCAUCAUCCCCAUGCCCCUCAUCAUCCUCAUUCCCCUCGUCAUCCUCAUUCCCCUCAUCACCCUCAUUCCCCUCAUCACCCUCAUUCCCCUCAUCAUCCCCAUUCCCCUCAUCAUCCCCAUUCCCCUCAUCAUCCUCAUUCCCCUCAUCAUCCUCAGUCCCCUCAUCAUCCCCAUUCCCCCCAUCAUCCCCAUUCCCCUCAUCAUCCUCAUUCCCCUCAUCAUCCUCAUUCCCCUCAUCACCCUCAUUCCCCUCAUCAUCCCCAUUCCCCUCAUCAUCCUCAUUCCCCUCAUCAUCCUCAUUCCCCUCAUCAUACCCAUUCCCACCAUCAUCCCCAUUCCCCUCAUCACCCUCAUUCCCCUCAUCAUCCCCAUUCCCCUCAUCAUCCCCAUUCCCCUCAUCAUCCUCAUUCCCCUCAUCAUCCUCAUUCCCCUCAUCAUCCUCAUUCCCCUCAUCAUCCCCAUUCCCCCCAUCAUCCCCAUUCCCCUCAUCAUCCUCAUUCCCCCCAUCAUCCCCAUUCCCCUCAUCAUCCUCAUUCCCCUCAUCAUCCUCAUUCCCCUCAUCAUCCCCAUUCCCCCCAUCAUCCCCAUUCCCCUCAUCACCCUCAUUCCCCUCAUCAUCCCCAUUCCCCUCAUCAUCCCCAUUCCCCCCACCAUCCCCAUUCCCCUCAUCACCCUCAUUCCCCUCAUCAUCCCCAUUCCCCUCAUCAUCCCCAUUCCCCUCAUCAUCCUCAUUCCCCCCAUCAUCCCCAUUCCCCUCAUGAUCCUCAUUCCCCCCAUCAUCCCCAUUCCCUUCAUCAUCCUCAUUCCCCUCAUCAUCCUCAUUCCCCUCAUCAUCCCCAUUCCCCCCAUCAUCCCCAUUCCCCUCAUCACCCUCAUUCCCCUCAUCAUCCUCCUUCCCCUCAUCAUCCUCAUUCCCCCCAUCAUCUUCAUUCCCCUCAUCAUCCUCAUUCCCCUCAUAAUCCUUAUUCCCCUCAUCAUCCCCAUUCCCCUCAUCAUCCUCAUUCCCCCCAUCAUCCUCAUUCCCCCCAUCAUCCUCAUUCCCCUCAUCAUCCUCAUUCCCCUCAUCACCCUCAUUCCCCUAAUCAUCCUCAUUCCCCUCAUCAUCCUCUUUCCUCCCAUCAUUUUCAUUCCCCUCAUCAUCCUCAUUCCCCUCAUCAUCCCCAUUCCCCUCAUCAUCCUCAUUCCCCUCAUCAUCCUCAUUCCCCUCAUCAUCCUCAUUCCCCUCAUCAUCCCCAUUCCCCUCAUCACCCUCAUUCCCCUCAUCAUCCUCAUUCCCCUCAUCAUCCUCAUUCUCACCAUCAUCCCCAUGCCCCUCAUCAUCCUCAUUCCCCUCGUCAUCCUCAUUCCCCUCAUCACCCUCAUUCCCCUCAUCACCCUCAUUCCCCUCAUCAUCCCCAUUCCCCUCAUCAUCCCCAUUCCCCUCAUCAUCCUCAUUCCCCUCAUCAUCCUCAGUCCCCUCAUCAUCCCCAUUCCCCCCAUCAUCCCCAUUCCCCUCAUCAUCCUCAUUCCCCUCAUCAUCCUCAUUCCCCUCAUCACCCUCAUUCCCCUCAUCAUCCCCAUUCCCCUCAUCAUCCUCAUUCCCCUCAUCAUCCUCAUUCCCCUCAUCAUCCCCAUUCCCCCCAUCAUCCCCAUUCCCCUCAUCAUCCUCAUUCCCCUCAUCAUCCCCAUUCCCCUCAUCAUCCCCAUUCCCCUCAUCAUCCUCAUUCCCCUCAUCAUCCUCAUUCCCCUCAUCAUCCUCAUUCCCCUCAUCAUCCCCAUUCCCCCCAUCAUCCCCAUUCCCCUCAUGAUCCUCAUUCCCCCCAUCAUCCCCAUUCCCCUCAUCAUCCUCAUUCCCCUCAUCAUCCUCAUUCCCCUCAUCAUCCCCAUUCCCCCCAUCAUCCCCAUUCCCCUCAUCACCCUCAUUCCCCUCAUCAUCCCCAUUCCCCUCAUCAUCCCCAUUCCCCCCAUCAUCCCCAUUACCCUCAUCACCCUCAUUCCCCUCAUCAUCCCCAUUCCCCUCAUCAUCCCCAUUCCCCUCAUCAUCCUCAUUCCCCCCAUCAUCCCCAUUCCCCUCAUGAUCCUCAUUCCCCCCAUCAUCCCCAUUCCCCUCAUCAUCCUCAUUCCCCUCAUCAUCCUCAUUCCCCUCAUCAUCCCCAUUCCCCCCAUCAUCCCCAUUCCCCUCAUCACCCUCAUUCCCCUCAUCAUCCCCAUUCCCCUCAUCAUCCCCAUUCCCCCCAUCAUCCCCAUUCCCCUCAUCACCCUCAUUCCCCUCAUCAUCCCCAUUCCCCUCAUCAUCCCCAUUCCCCUCAUCAUCCUCAUUCCCCUCAUCAUCCUCAUUCCCCUCAUCAUCCUCAUUCCCCUCAUCAUCCCCAUUCCCCCCAUCAUCCCCAUUCCCCUCAUCAUCCUCAUUCCCCUCAUCAUCCCCAUUCCCCUCAUCAUCCCCAUUCCCCCCAUCAUCCCCAUUCCCCUCAUCAUCCUCAUUCCCCCCAUCAUCCCCAUUCCCCUCAUCAUCCUCAUUCCCCUCAUCAUCCCCAUUCCCCUCAUCAUCCCCAUUCCCCCAUCAUCCCCAUUCCCCUCAUCAUCCUCAUUCCCCUCAUCAUCCCCAUUCCCCUCAUCAUCCCCAUUCCCCUCAUCAUCCCCAUUCCCCUCAUCAUCCUCAUUCCCCUCAUCAUCCUCAUUCCCCUCAUCAUCCUCAUUCCCCUCAUCAUCCUCAUUCCCCUAA